AUGGUGAUUGUUGGGUGCGGUGAUGGUGAUGCUGAUGAUGGUCAUGAUGAUGAUGGUGGUCUUUUAGUUAAAGACAAUGUUGCAUGUUCUGGCGCUGAGAGCUGUAACAGAGAACAAGAAAGUGGUAAAUAUUCAAACUCUGUUUAUCAUAGAUAAUUACUAAACCAUUUAUCCGAAUUUACAAUCAAUAAACUCAAUUAAUUUGCUACCACCUCUAGAUUGGUAUUCAAUCUGUUACCCACAGGGAUGGUCGGAAUAAUGAUGGCAGUAAUGCUAGCGGCAGUAAUGUCGUCACUAUCCUCAGUGUACAACAGUGCUAGUACAAUAUUUACUAUAGACAUAUGGCAAAGACUACGACCAAGGGUAAAUAUACAUUUCAUUUGGUACACCAAGAAUGACCUCGCGCGAAUGCAGUGAAUUCACAACUUUGGAUAAUUCUCAUGCCUAGUUGUUUGCAUGUGUGUCUCUGUGUGUGUUUGUCUGUCUGUCAGAACGAUAACUCAAAAAAUAUCAAACGUAUUAAUACGAAAACUUGUGGGAUUAAUGUACAUUGCUCAAGAACAAAUUGAUUAAAAAUUGGACUAGAAAUUAGCAAAAAUUUGUCCUGCUUUGUCUGGCAGAUUAAAGUGCACAUGAUAUGAAAUUUCCCUAUUUUCUUAAAUGAAAGAACUCUUUAAGCUGUAGUGUAACGUAUUUUUCAGUUUCUUGUUUUUAUGGUUUGUUCCCGAGAUAUUUCAAUUUAUUAUAUAAAGUAUAGUGCUUUAGAGAGAUUUCGAGCACUGAUAAAAGUGAUAAUCUCACAUGUGAGAUUAUUCAUGAUAAUCUCACAUGUGAAAAUUAUCGCUUUUCAAGUAUCGCUUUUCUGAAAAAAUUAUCGCUUUUCAAAGACUGUUCUUUAUAUAAUAAACAGAAAAAUACAUGGGUGCUUGGAAAUACCAGAUUUAUUUCUCGUGUUGAACAUGAUAUCUCAUGUUCAACACUCGAAAUAAAUCAGGUAUUUCCGCGUACCCAUUUAUUAUUCUCUAUUUGUUUCAUAUGUAAAUGAGUGUGAAUAUGCAUGUCCGCUAAUUUAUGACGUCAUGUUGGUUGCAAGCUCCUCAAAAUGGUUGAAUAUCACUGCUAUCGUCCAAGAUAAUAAUGUCAAAUUUCACUCACUGGUAAAACGUGAUGAAACGCUGGAGAAAAACGUGAACUGAUAUCUGCAGUUUUUAGAGUUAAUAGAUUUAUAAUCAGUGCAAGUUGAGCUUUGCAACCAACGUGAUGUCAUAAAUUAGCGUACAUAUUCACAUUCAUUUACAUAUCAAACAAACUGAAAUGUCUCGGGAACAAACCAUAAAAACAAUUAGAAACUGAAAAAUGAGUUACACUACAGCUUUAAACAGUUCUUUCAUUUUAGACAAUAGCAAAUUUUAUGUCAUAUACACUUUUUUAAAGUGAAUUAAGAUAAUUUGUAUAUGACUCACCGAGUUCAUUCUUUAGGCAAGUGACCGAGAAAAACUUAUGAUUGGCCGAGCUAUUGUCGCUAUCCUUGUGGUCCUGGGUCUCGUCUGGAUGCCUUUGAUUGAAAGUGAGGAAAUGAAAUGUUUUAAAUCCCUUAUUCACAGAGGUGCACUAGCAAAAAAACUUGAAAAUCAGCUCAAAUCACCAAGGAAUUUGUCUGAAAAUAAGCUUGAACAAACAUUGGAGGUGAUGAUGCAUUCUCCCUUACACGCCCGGUAGGUGGUAGCCACUGCCUUGAAUGCAUGCCAUGCGAAAAGCACAAACUUAAGACAUAUCGAAUCAAACGUCAAAUUCAGUGUCUAUUGUGCCCACCAACAACAUAGACAUAUCUGCUUUUAUUUUUCAAGGGGGAGGCAGUGGCAAGCUAUUUCGCUACAUUCAAACCAUCCUGUUCCUUUUCGGCUCACCCAUCAUGGCCAUAUUCAUCGUGGGAUUGGUCUGGCCACGAGCCAAUGAGCCUGGUGCGCUGGGAGGCUUUCUGAUUGGCUUAUUAUUAGCAGCAGCGAGAUUUGCUACGGAAUAUAUCUAUGCCAGUCCUGCAUGUGGCGAGCCCGACACACGACCUGCGUUUGCUUCUAUACACUAUAUGUACUUUGGUAAGUGUAAAAAUAUAUACGAUUUGAGGUUUGCGGUUAACGUUCUGCCAUAAACCAUUGGCGAAGCUUAGGAAGCUAGCUAUAGAAACAGGACGUGCUACCAAAAAUUUUAAUGAUUUCCAUCAUGAAUGAAUGAAUGAAUGAAUAGUUUGUUUAAUAAAAACAUCAUCUGGCAGUCAGAAGACUGAAUUACAUGACGUUAAGUGUUACAAGGUUAUAAAUAGUAAAAAAUUCUAUAUUACAAUUCAAUUUAAAAAUUGUUAAUAUAUACUAUAUAUCAUAUACUUAAAUGUACUAAUCUAUAUGAGUUAAGAAUUCUAAAAUGUUCAAGGAACAUCUAAUUUGUAAUGUUUCUUAGCAUAAAAGUUGAUAAAAGAGUUUCCGAAACGAUUUGUAUUUGCUGGUAAAACUUCAAAAGAUCUUUCUUUUCGUAAUUCUCUAUUGCCUGCUUUGGAUGGUAAAAGUUUGGCAAGUUUAUGAUCAUCAUUUAAAACAAUGUCGUUGAAGAGAUUAUUGGAUAGAUACUCCCGUCUGUUUUCAAGAGUAGAAAUACCAGCGAUGUUAGAGCCUCGUCGUAAGACAAUUCAUAGAAUAUUAUUUUCAUUGCUCGCUUCUGUAUACGUUCAAUGUUUUUUGCAAGAUUUCGUGGCAGGGAACUAUGGAAUAAUUGGCACGCAUAUUCGAGGACAGACCUUAUACAGCUGAAAAAAAUUUGACCAAAUCUGCCGAAGCGACAUCAGCACGUUUGAGUUGCCUCAACAAAUAUAGACGUUUAGCUGCUUUGGAGACAAUUGAAUUUACAUGGUCUAUCCAUUUAAGGUCAUUUCUUAAUAUAACUCCAAGCGAUUUGAUACUUGUCACUCUUUCCAAAUUUCGGUCACCUAUACGUAUAGGUUCAAAAACAGGUGGUAAUCGUGAAAAAGAUAUUACCAUUUCUUUGCAUUUAAAUGGGUUUAGUUGAAAGGAAUUGUCCAUAGACCAAGUAGUAAUAUCAUCGAUAUCCAUUUGUAAAGUACUUUGUUCGUUUUUUUCAACAAUUUCAGAGACCGUAGUAUCGUCGGCAAAUUUCCACAUUUCUGAAAGGUGAUUAUGUAACACAAGGUCAUUUAUCAUGGCUAAGAAUAGCCAAGGCCCAAGUCGUGUGCCUUGAGGGACACCAGCUGGAACUUGGAGCCAGUCUGAGAAACAAUUAUCACUUAGUUUGACCCUUUGCCAUCUAUUACGUAAAAAGUCAAUAAUCCAGUUAACCACACAGGGCUUAAUACCAAGGCUGAAUAAUUUCGCAACUAAUGUGGUGUGAUCUACCAUGUCAAAUGAUAGAUUUUCCAAGCAAACCAAAGAUUUUCACGUUUUGUACACAACGUCUGCCUUUCAAGCCGCGAGAAGUCGUCCUCGCCAAAUUGGCUUAGUAGAAGUCUUCUCAACUAUAAACCUCUGUCUUAGUAACCUUCUUAAAUUGCAAUAAAUUCAUACAACGGAAAAUACAAGACAUGUUGAUCUUAAAGUUACUUAUUCGAACGAGUUGAUUUUGGCCGUCGUCGUCGCGUUGCCGUCACCUAAUUGCUAAAUGUCCCUAGUUAUGAUUUUAGGACGGCAACGCGACGGCAACGGCUACCAAUACAAUAGAUCAUUGAAAAGAAUUGAAAAUUACAAUAAAUUAUAUGAAUAAUUUAGACUUUGUCCUCGCUCUGUUUACAACGCCAAAUCACAGAUUUUCACGCCCUGAUACAACGGCUGCAUUGCAAGCCGCAACAAGUGCAACUCAAACUGGGUAGAACUCUUCCCAACCAUAAAACCCAUGUCUUCAACUUCUAAGACUGUAUUAAAUUCAUACGAUUGAUAAUGUACGUACGUUGUUUUGGUCGUCGUCGUCGCGUUGCCGUCCUAAGAUCGUAAGGUCUCUAAUGUUGUUUGUGCUGUUACUCUGAGUGUGCAUCCACACCGAGCAAGCUGAAAAGUUUGCCUGACCACGGUGGGAUUCGAAUCCGCGCGACCUUUGGGAUACUUGUCCAAUGCUUCACUAACUGAGCUGCGAAGUCAAGUCGGUGAUAUUUCGGAACAGAGUCUAGUUCCUUCAAUAUCAAUGUAUUCUGAGAUACGAUGAUGUCUGUGUGUGUUGGUGUUGUGUACUGUGUGUGUGUUGGUGUUGUUGCUACUCAGGUAGAUAACUUAGAUGUUUCCCUAUGUUUCUCACAAAUGUUUCCUAGUGUUUGCCCACUCUGGGAAACAUGGCGAAACAUUGGUAGGAAUUAGGAAACAAUGUUUUCUCAACAAUGUUUCCUAGUUUGCCCAGGGCUUAAGGUAUCUAAUAGCGAAGGCUUUAUUUUUCUUCUCCAGGAAUCAUUCUGUUUGUUGUGACUUUGGCAACCAUCAUCGUAUUAAGUCUCCUAACUAAACCGAUCCCAAGAGAAGAACUGGAUGGCUUGACCUGGAUCACGUUAAAGAAUAAGACUGCAUUGGAAACUAAACAUCAGCAAGGAAUGAGUGAUGUUGUCAUCUCUUCCGACAAAGGUAAAAAACAUCAAAAUAUCUGCUAG